CCGAAGAGGACAUCUCUCUCUACCUGAACCAUCACCACGCCGCUCGUUACUGCCCGUAUACACCGCCCACCGCCCACCGCCCCCUCCCCACCGCAUCCAGCACCAUCGCCGGCUGAAUCUCCCGAAACCACCAUCCGCAGCACUUGCGAUACACCACCUGGACUCGGGAUCUGGCGCAACUCGUCCAUCGUGGCUGAACCGACCGUCCGCCAGCGGAGCAACAGCGUACGCGGAGUGUCAUCGACGCCGCUGGGCGCUCGCAGUGGCCUCCCCGCGCCCGUCAUGCUGCUUCCGAAAGGCACCGGCAUGACCUGGAAGAGUGCGCGCGCACGAUUACCCCCGAGUCGCGCCAUAUGGAAUUUCCUCACACGGACGCGAUUUCUGCUGUUUGUUGCAAUUGCGGGCAUCAUUAUAUUGAUAUGGAAUGGCGUACGAGGGUCAGCGGGCGAUUUUCAAAAGUUUUAUUGCUUUGGCCCGGCGAAAUCGCCCAUGCAAAUGACACCAAACGAACAGGCGCAAUGGGCAGGGCAUCUACAGACACCAGUCAUCUUCAACCACCACGAACCCAUUGAGAUCAACAGCUCCAGCAUACAGCACAUUGACCUCAAUCCCAUCACCUCGACGCCGAAAGCGCUCGCCAAUGAGGAGCACGUGCUCAUCUUGACUCCUCUCCGAAAUGCGGCACCAUACAUUGAGCAGCACUUUGAUCUGCUGACGCAGUUGACCUAUCCUCACAAGCUGAUUGAUCUGGCAUUCUUGGUGGGCGAUAGCACAGAUGAUACGCUCGCCGUGCUGAGCAUGGAGCUGGAACGGAUCCAGUCGCGGACAGACAGCAUACCCUUCCGAAGCGUGAUGAUUGUGUCCAAGGACUUUGACGUCGCAGCAAGUCAGGACGUGGAGAGCAGACAUGGCUUCGCUGCUCAGGGACCGAGGAGAAAGGCAAUGGGGAAAGCCAGGAAUUACUUGUUGUCUGCGGCGCUGAAGCCCGAGCACAGCUGGGUGUACUGGCGAGAUGUGGACAUCAAGGACAGCCCGAGUAGGAUCAUCGAGGACUUUGUUGCGCACGACCGCGAUAUCCUUGUGCCUAAUGUGUGGUUCCACCGAUACGAGAACGGUCGUGACAUUGAGGGUCGUUUCGACUACAACUCAUGGCAGGAGUCGGAGAAGGGCCUGAAGCUGGCUGCCUCUCUGGACAAGGAUGUUGUUCUUGCUGAAGGGUACAAAGAGUACGAUACAGGACGCAAACACAUGGCGCGCAUGGGCGACUGGCGAGAUAACAAGGAUGUGGAGAUUCCCCUUGACGGUAUAGGGGGCGUCAACAUUCUCGUCAAAGCAGAUGUCCACAGAGCUGGCAUCAACUUUCCCUGCUACGCGUUUGAGAAUCAAGCCGAAACAGAAGGCUUUGCGAAGAUGGCCAAACGAGCGGGGUAUGGAGUUUAUGGCCUCCCGAAUUAUGUUGUAUGGCAUAUUGAUACAGAAGAGAAGCCUGGUAAUGCAUGAUGAUCAAGAGCGCGGGUUAGAAGGAGAAGAAGAAGAAGAGGGAGGAAGGGAGGGCUAUCAUCCUAUCCUACCUUACCUACCUGUACUCAUGAAAAUGUCGUUUAUAUGUGCACCUCCCUCAUCGGCAAACUUGUACCAUCCCGCCAUCUUGAUAUUUCUUCCGCAGCGGAUACUGUUGUUUGUACAUGGACAUGUAAAAG